AUGUCUGGACGAGAUGAUAACUUGGCAUAUGGCCAGUACCACCAACGGGAAGAUGGUCAGGGAGAGAGCACGAGAAGCUUCGUUGGUGAUACCUUCAAAAAGCUGAAGGACACUUAUAAGCAACAACACUCCCAGCCCCAGCAGACAGGACAGAGCCAGUCUCAGAGUUAUGUCCCAGGAGGUUAUGGUGGACAGAGUUAUCAAAAUCAAGGAUCCUCGCAAAGCUACCCAUAUGGAAGCCAGAAUCAGAACCAGAACCCGUACCAGAAUCCCGAGUACCAGGCAAAACCCGCGAAACAGGACAAACUUUCAGGGCUUUUUGGAAAGCUACAAGACACCGUCACCGGAAUUGGCUCGGAAGUCGCCCAGCGAGUCGGCACUGCUCUCGAUCCACAAGCAUAUGCAGAGUAUGGUCCGAAUAAGCCUCAGUCGGGGCACAGAUUCGGUAGCUUUGCUGCUCCACGACAGGCCAACGAUGCGAAGUGGUAUGUCGACGGAUGCUCUUACUUCUAUGCCGUCUCAAAAGCUCUCGAGAGCGCCAGGGAGUCGAUCUGGAUUCUGGACUGGUGGCUAUCUCCUGAGUUGUACCUGAGACGUCCACCUGCGAAAAACGAACAAUAUCGGCUGGAUCGGAUGCUGCAGGCCGCUGCGCAGCGUGGAGUGCGGGUCAACGUCAUUGUAUACAAGGAGGUUACUCAGGCAUUGACUCUGUCCUCCUCACACACCAAACACGCUCUCGAAGACCUCCAUCCCAAUAUCGCUGUGUUCCGCCAUCCCGAUCAUCUUCCCGAUCGUCAAGGACUGGCAUCCUCGAUUACUUCCUCUCUCCAGAACCUGACCUUGGACACGGUUUCGCUUGCAAAGAUGCCCGGCGAUGCGCUCAAGGGUCUGUAUGGCAUGAAUGACGAUGUGAUUCUCUACUGGGCCCACCAUGAAAAACUGUGCUUGAUUGAUGGCAGAAUCGCCUUCAUGGGAGGCUUGGAUAUGUGCUUUGGCCGAUGGGAUACGCAUCAACACGCUAUUGCUGAUGUCCAUCCCACCAACCUUGACGACAUUGUCUUCCCCGGUCAGGACUAUAACAAUUCCAGAGUCCUUGACUUCCAGGAUGUUGUGCACUGGGAGAAGAACCAGUUGGAUCGAAAACGUACCUCCCGUAUGGGAUGGUCCGACAUCUCAGUGAGUUUGCACGGGCCGGUCGUGGAAGAUUUGCGUCGGCAUUUCAUAGAGCGUUGGAACUUCAUCUACGACACGAAAUACCAGGUUCGCAAGGACGCAAGAUAUACCAGACUUGUCUUGCAUGGCCCUCCCUCCGGUCAACAAUACAAUGCCCAGCAGUCGGCGCCACAUCACCAACCCCCGCCGCAACAACAGGCUCCUGGCCUUUCGGCUUAUCCCUCACAGCCGAACAUUGGCGGACAAGGAGCACCAGGCUACCAGUCUCCGCCUAGCUACGCGGGCUACUCCCCAUCGCAGAGUGGUGGUCACCAAUCCACUUAUACGGGGGAUUCGUUCCCUCCUCCCCCUCCGGGACCGCCUCCCAGUCAAUAUUCCCCAGCCCCUCAGUCUCAAGCCCAAGGUUAUGGUCAAGCUCAUUAUUUUCCCCCUCCCCCUACUCAGGAGGGAUCGCACUCCCAGACAAGGGGCUUUGACGACUCAUAUGAGGAAGCCCGUGGCCAAGGCGACUCCGAACGGGGAUCCGGCUUCAUUCCUCGCCGUCUCAAGGACGAGCUCACAGGAUACGGCAAUGUCCUUCGCGGACAAUUGGCGGGACAAGUCCAUCAAUACCAGGAUCGUCUGACUUCCUUUGGGCGCCAAAACUCUCAGCCACGAGGCAACAUGUCCUGUCAGAUUGUGCGCAGCUGCGCGAAAUGGAGUAAUGGAACACCGACUGAACACUCGAUCGCCGAUGCUUACGCGGCUCUGAUUCGCAACAGUGAGCACUUUGUCUACAUCGAAAAUCAGUUCUUCAUCACAGCAACUGGUGAUGCUCAGAAGCCGGUCAAGAACAAGAUUGGUGCUGCUAUUGUGGAGCGUAUUCUGCGCGCAGCUCGGGCGGGCCAGAAAUACAAGAUCAUUGUUGUUAUUCCAACCGUCCCCUGCUUUGCCGGUGAUUUGGAAGACGAAGCAUCUUUGGGAACGCGUGCCAUUAUGGAGUUCCAGUACAACUCCAUCAACCGCGGAGGCCACAGCAUCAUGGAGUCGAUCGCCAAGGAAGGGUUCAACCCGAUGGAGUAUAUCCGGUUCUAUAAUCUCCGCAAUUACGACCGUAUCAAUGUCAACAGUCGCAUGAUGGAAGCCGAGCAACGAAGCGGUGUCAACUAUGAAGACGCUCGUAGACAACACGAUCUGAAUGCGGUCGGUCAGGGAGGCUACGGUCCUGGGCCAGCUCGGAGCGCUUUCGACACAAGUCUUCCAUACCAGCAACAAUAUCAGCAGGCUGCUCAUCAAGUGUCGGCCGCCAAGUCAACAUCCAGCCGGUGGGAUACUGUCAGCGAGUGUUAUAUGCUUCACGGUGAGGACAUUCGCAACGUGCCUUGGGAAGGUCCGAGUGAGGCCGAGAUAGAUGCAUUUGUUACUGAGGAACUUUAUGUUCAUUCCAAGGUCAUGAUUGCCGACGACCGGAUCGUCAUCUGUGGCUCUGCCAAUCUGAAUGAUCGCUCUCAGCUCGGAGAUCACGAUUCGGAGAUUGCAGUCAUCAUCGAAGACUACACUCCCGUUCAGUCCAGCAUGAAUGGCAAGCCAUGGACCGCCAGUCGCUUUGCCGCCUCUCUGCGUCGACAACUGUUCCGCAAGCACCUCGGACUCCUGCCACCCCAGGAUUACGAACGCCCAGACGCCAACUCUGAGCCUGUGGGCAUUCCCAAUGACUUUGACUUUGACGCUUCAGAGAGUCAAAUCGUGGCAGAUCCUCUCGCGGAUACCCUUCAGAGCCUCUGGAACACUCGCGCAAGGACAAACACCGAUGUCUUCCGCAAGGUCUUCCAUGCUGUUCCAGACGACACCGUGCGAAAUUGGGCGACAUACCGGGAGUUCUACAGCUACUAUUUCCAGAGCGCCGAUAAGCAAUCCCACGACAAGGACGAGAAAGCCAAGCCUGCGCGGUACGAAUAUGGACAUGUUGUGCGGGACGACUUCCCUCCUGGUCCGGAAGGCGUUCGACAGGUCAAGGAGCUGCUGAGUCAGGUCAAAGGCACGCUGGUCGAGAUGCCAUUGAUGUUUUUGAUCGAAGAAGAUGUUGCGAAGUCGGGAUUGACUCUCAAUGAUUUGACGGAGCCCCUCUACACUUGA